AAAUAGAAAUAUAUCUGCUGGAAUCAGGAUGCUCUGGGUGAGAGUCAAACGCAAAGGUGUGUGGGUAUUUUCCUCUUACCUUUGCGUUCACCUGUGCAGGUGCGCUGAGCGACAGGGUGAACUCCUUCAAAACUGAUAUUUUAUUUUAGAAUACUUCAGCACUUCAUAUUUCAACCACACACGAUUUUAAAGCUUUUAGGCAUAAAAUGUGUUUAUUUUCCUGUUAUGUUCUGCAUGAUACGACGGAUGCAGUCAGUGAUGGAGAAUAUUAUUCCAGCGACGCAACACUUUUAUUGAGAUUUUUUAACUAAAAAGAAUAUAUAUAUAUAUAUAUAAAAUGUAGUUUAAUGCAAAGUUAAUAAAAUGGAAAAUAACUGUAUUUAUGCUGUUUGCAUCCAGAUUAGUGCGAUUUUCAGAGUAUUUGAUUCUAAGAUUUUAUCUGAAUGCGUUUUAUUUGAGCUGCGAUCAUUUAAUCAGAGGGCGAAUAUAUGUUGAUCGUCAAACAUUAUGAAUAUCGGCUUUCCAGCUAAAUUUUAAGUUUAUGUAUGCACCAAUAUUUCCAGCAAGAAUUAAACCAGUCUAAAAAAGUCAGGAAAGGCAAUAGGAGUUUUUUUUUUUUUUUUUUUUUCCUCUCCAAAAUAAUGACUGCUGAUUUGUUUUUGUUUUUAUUUUUUUUUUAUUAUAUAUUUUUGCUUAAAAUGUAAAUUAAUGCAACCUGGCAAAUCUGCUCUUUUUAUUAGCUAUGCGACACAUUUGCUAUAAUAAAUAAAAACACUCCAAAUUGAGCUAAAAUCAAAUGAGUGCACGCGCUGUUAAAGUAAAACUGCCUUUACUGUAUAUACAUGCAACAUGUCAAAUAUGUAAUCCAGACUCGGAUCUUUAAGACUCACUAUUAUUCAGCUUUUGCUGUUUAGAGACCAUAGAGCAACAGGACACACGUCACCCUUUUGACUAUGAAUAUGCACAAUAAAACUGCAUGUUUAUUAAGUCCAUAAGCAAAUACAUCCGUCUAACAGUCGGUGCUCGUUUCCGAUGCUAUCCGGUGAUCAGAUGCAUGGUCACGGGAAAGCUGCGCCCUCACAGAAUGAUAUCAGAGCCUCUUAACAGCCUCACUCACUCAUGUGCCCGUGUGUUUCUCUGUCUUUCUGUUCGUCUGCUCGGGCUGAUGGGCUGCCAGAGGAAGCGUUGCACCGCUCGUCUCUCCCACAACAUUGUGUUGGUUCGGCUCUGAGUCCAUGCAAACUGCCAUCUGAUCUACGGUUAUCAAUGCGGGAGCUGAUCAUGGCGGAUGGCCCCCGGUGUAAGAGGCGAAAACAAGCCAACCCGCGGAGGAAAAACGCAGUGUUGGACUACGAGAACGUUGUAGAAACCGGUUCAGACACUGAAGAGGAAGACAGACUUCUGGUGUCAGGGGAGGAUGGCUUGCUCAACGGGGCGGGGAGUCCCGUCAGCCUUGUCAAUCAUGAGUCAGUGGCUCCGCCCUCCCCAUCCCUGGAUCACACGCUGCUGAGAAAGACUGUGGAUGAGGACGAUGAUAUGAAGGACAGUGGAAUUGAAAAUGUUUGGCACGAGAAUGACUUGCUGAGCACGUCAGUUGAUGGUACUGAUGACUUAAAAGGGGACUAUGACACUAUGGGGUCUGACACCACUUUACAGCCUGCUGGGAACGGUACAGUGAAGGGUUUGCACUGCAAGGCAGAGUUUGACGAUUUCUUCGGCAAGUGUAAACUGGUGGACAGUGAAAGUCACGUUGUCAGCAUUGCGGAAUACCUCCAGAGGGGUGACACGGCCAUUAUCUAUCCCGAAGCACCCGAAGAGCUUUCCCGCUCCCGGCUCGCCACGCCCGAAGCCAACGGACACGAGGAGAACGAUCUGCCACCUGGAACUCCAGAUGCUUUUGCCCAACUGUUGACUUGUCCCUACUGCGACCGCGGCUACAAACGCUUGACUUCCUUAAAGGAACACAUCAAAUACCGGCACGAGAAGAACGAGGAGAACUUCGCCUGCCCUCUGUGCAGCUACACGUUCGCGUACCGGACUCAGCUGGAGAGACAUAUGGCCACACACAAACCAGGGCGAGAACAGCACCAGAUUCUCAACCAGGGAUCUGGAAACCGCAAGUUCAAAUGCAAUGAAUGUGGCAAGGCAUUCAAAUACAAACACCAUCUGAAGGAACACCUGCGAAUACACAGUGGUGAGAAGCCAUAUGAAUGUCCAAACUGUAAGAAGAGAUUCUCUCAUUCCGGGUCUUACAGUUCACACAUAAGCAGUAAGAAAUGCAUCGGACUUAUCGCCAUCAACGGCCGUGUGAGGAACAACCAGAAGACCGGUUCCUCUCCAACCUCUGCAUCCUCCUCCCCAACAAACACUGCCAUAUCGCAGCUCCGACACAAGCUGGAGAAUGGCAAACCCCUUGGCCUGCAGGACCAGUCCAACCACCUCAACAUCAAAUCUGAACCACUGGACUUCAACGACUAUAAGCUGAUGAUGGCCUCUCAUGGCUAUGGAAUGGGUGGACCCUUUAUGAAUGGCGGGGUUAGGGGAGGCAGCCCACUGGGCGUUCAUAACACCCAGAGUUCCCUUCAGCACCUGGGCAUGGGUAUGGAUGGGCAUAUGCUGGGAUAUCCAUCGGUGGGAAACAACCUGAGUGAGGUACAGAAGGUCCUGCAGAUUGUGGACCACACGGUGUGCCGGCAAAAGAUGGACUGCAAGCCAGAGGACAUCUCCAAGUUGAAGGCGUACAUGAAGGAGUUGGGUUCCCACAUAGAGGAACAGAAGCAAGGGCUUACCUCACCCAGUGGACCCCAGAACACGCUUCCACUCAUCAGUCACAAUGGUGCCACCAAGAGCAUCAUAGACUACACGCUUGAGAAGGUCAACGAAGCCAAAGCCUGCCUUCAGAGCUUGACUAUGGACUCUAAAAGACAAAUGAGCAAUAUCAAGAAAGAGAAGGCGAAUCAUAUGGUAGAUUUAGGUAUGGAUGAGAAAACACAUGAAAAUAAUAAUCUAAUGUUUACACCUUUCUCCUGCCAGUAUUGCAAAGAGACCUUCCCUGGACCCAUUCCCCUGCACCAGCACGAGCGUUACCUCUGCAAGAUGAAUGAGGAAAUCAAAGCCGUGCUUCAGCCCUCUCAGAAUGCCAUGACCAACAAAAGUGGCUUGUUUGCUGAGAAACACAGCCUCUUUCACCCCUCCAUCAUCCCUGAGAAGGGCAUCAGCAGUCCCAUGAGUCCCUACAAGGACCACAUGUCAGUACUCAAAGCUUAUUUCGCCAUGAACACGGAGCCCAACUCUGAAGAACUACUGAAAAUUUCCAUAGCGGUUGGCCUUCCUCAGGAGUUUGUGAAAGAGUGGUUUGAGCAAAGGAAAGUCUUUCAGUACUCCAAUUCCAGGACUCCUCCUCUAGACCGAAACCAUGUGGAAAUGGGCCAUCCGGUCUCGGCUCACACGCCUACUAAAGACUCUUUAGGCAUUCGUUCUCCGAUGUCCCUUGCCAGAGGUUCAGAACGCAUCAUAUCUCCCACCAUCCCUGAGCUUCAUAACAACAUGAACAAUUGCGACAACCAACUCAGGCUCUCCAAAACACCCCAGUUCUCCAACCUCAAGCAACUGGGGGAGAAACUGGACCACUCCAGAAGCAACACGCCAUCUCCUCUAAACCUUUCAUCUGCUUCCUCCAAAAACUCCCACACUAGCUCUUACACGCCCAACAGCUUCACCUCCGAGGACCUGCAGGCCGAACCACUCGACCUCUCGUUGCCAAAGCUCAUGAAGGAGCCAAAGCAUAUCUUGACUGUGAAGAGCCGACCGAAGAUCAGCAUCACCACCACCGAGCACAACCACAUUGCGACACCACGUGAGCAUGUCGACGAACCGCUCAACUUGGCAUAUCUCUCUAAGAAGGAGUUUGGCAGCCCCAGUGCAAACAGUAAUCUGGACAAAAGCUUGAGCCCCAUGUUUGGUGCAAACCCCUUUGCUGCCAAACCCCUGUACACCUCUCUGCCACCCCAAAGCGCUUUUCCACCCCCUACAUUUAUGCCUCCAGUGCAGGCCAGUCUACCGGGGCUGAGACCCUACCCCAGCCUCGACCAGUUAAGCUUCUUGCCACACAUGGCCUACACAUACGCAGCAGGGGCGGCCAGCUUCGCUGAGAUGCAGCACAGGAGAAAAUACCAGCGGAAACCAGGGUUCCAGAGCGAGCUGCUGGACGGGCCGACAGAUUAUCUGAGCAGUCUGGAUGAUAUGGCCGACCCAGAGGCCUGUCUGUCCCGGAAGAAGAUUAAGAAAACAGAAAGUGGUAUGUACGCGUGUGACCUUUGCGACAAAACAUUCCAGAAGAGCAGUUCCCUCCUCAGACACAAAUAUGAACACACAGGUAAACGGCCACACCAGUGUCAGAUCUGCAAGAAGGCGUUCAAACACAAACAUCAUCUGAUCGAGCACAGUCGUCUGCACUCCGGAGAGAAACCUUACCAGUGUGACAAAUGCGGCAAACGCUUCUCGCAUUCCGGCUCAUACUCGCAGCACAUGAACCACAGAUACUCGUACUGCAAGAGAGAGGCAGAGGAGCGGGAAGCGGCCGAGCGAGAGGCGCGAGAAAAGGGCCACCUGGAGCCGACGGAGCUGCUGCUCAACCGGGCAUACAUGCAGGGCAUCUCUCCACCCGGAUACAUGGAACACCAGGAGCGAGAGCCCAUCCUUCGGGACGGACUGAACGGAAGCAUACGAGAGCAUUUUAAGGAGGUCGAGGGAACGUUUGUGAAGAUAGGACGCCGAGACGAGGAGUUCGAGGAAGAGGAAGAGGAGAGUGAAAAUAAAAGUAUGGACACGGACGGGGACACCAUGAGGGAUGAGGAGGAAAACGGGGAGCAUUCCAUGGAUGAGAGUUCCAUGGAUGGGAAAACGGAAUCCAAAUCGGAUCACGAGGACGGCGUGGAGGAUGCAGUGUAGCCGACGUCAAUGCACGCAAUUCCGCUGCCCCCAGGGUCGGGGCGACGUUUUAACGUUACUGUUUAUUCAGGGGAAGGGGGACGGGGUGUGUAAGAAGCUGCAUUAUGCAAACAUGAAAAAAGGAAAAUAAAAUAAAUGAAAUUUUAUAAAGUGUACAGUAUUAAGGCCUAAAAUAUGUGUGGUGCUACCAUCCCUAAAAUCCAGUGUUCCAUAGUAUUUAUAGCACAAACUAGUAACUUGUACAAAAAUUGCACUCUGCUUCUAUAAUCACUACGAAAAGAAUGAAAUUAUUUGCCAAUGUAUAUUUAUACAGUGUUGAAAAGCUGCGGUGCGUCUGGGUCCGGGGGAUGACUAUUAAAUGUGUGUUUCUGCCCUCACCACACAGUUUUAGGCCUCGUCUUCUAAUUUAUGUGAAGGAUCGUAACAGUAUUGAGUUUGUUUUGAUGAUAUGGAGUCUUAAAGAGACUGUUUGGGAGAGAAUGAAGGUUGUUGCCUUAUAUGCAAACCUGUUAAUCAGCACGUUUCUAAAGUGCCAACUCCAUUCAGUAUUAAAGGAAUAACACGCUCAGCUCGUUCUCUCUGAUAGUGCAGCAGCUCUUUAGUUUACAAUCAUGUUUGUGCAAUUUUGUUCUCAGUAUUACACCAAACGAUUUUGCAACGACAGACUUGCAUCCUUUUGUUUGUAGGUUUAAAUACCAUCUUAUUUAUGUGGCCCAUUUUGUAUCUCCUGAUUUUAUUUAUUUCAUACUGUACAGUACAGUAUUAUAGUUCUUCAAUAAAUAGAUCUAUUUUAGUAAAAUGGAACAUGGAGUCGUUGAGAGCAUUUAUUGUGUUUUGAAACAUUAAUUGUGAAAUGCAAAUUUUCAAUUCAAUUGUUUGGUUUAUUCCGUUCUUUUAUUUUCCAGUUAAUGGAAAUUCCAAAAUGUGGGAGCUUUUGAUACAAUAUUGUGAAAACACUGUAUUUUCAACUGAAAAAACAAACAAACAAAAAAAAAGAAGAUCCACUUUCAUGUUUUAAGUGGGAUAUGGACAGUUGGAAUUCAAUGUAUGAUAUCAUGACUGAACAAAAACCUUUCCUGAAAUGUCUUUGUAAGAGUAUUAUGGAAUUUUUCAUUUGUAAUUUCUCUCGGAAAUGACCAUGCGCAAAUAAAAGUAGCCAAAUUAAAGAA